UUCCGCCGCUCAGCCUGAGGUAGCGCGUGAGGAGACGGUUUUCGGCGCGCGGCCCACGGCGUUUGUUGGUGUUGGUUGCUGCGGGUUGGCGCGCGCGGGUGCAGGCAGUAUUGGAAGCAGAAGUUGUACAAUAUAUUGAUUCCAACAUUUGUAGCAUCUUCAGGGAAAAAGAAAAGUAAGAUAAUUAGAAAGCUCAUGUCAUCAGGAAUGCUACCAGAAAACCUUGUGGCAUCCAAGGUUACUGAUAUAAAAGGAGAUGGGAAGUGCAACCUUGAUCAAAUAGGAAAUGAAUUACUGGAAAAGAUGGAGAAUAUUGAAGCUAUGUCAAAGAGGCAAAGAAAGAAGCUAAUGAAACAGAAACAGUGGGAAGAACAAAGAAACUUGCGCAAACAGAAACGUAAAGAAAAACGCCUGAAGAGAAAACAAGAGCGCCAGUCUCAGUUGGAAUCUAGCAACGAUGGAAGUUUCAGGAAACGUUUGCGUAGAGAUGUUGUUCCUAGUACCCUUCGCCUUAUUAUAGAUUGCAGUUUUGACAAUUUAAUGGAGCUAAAGGAUGUCAAGAAACUUCACAAGCAAAUUCAGAGAUGUUAUGCAGAAAAUCGCAAAGCACUCCAUCCUGUACAGUUUUACUUGACUAGCCAUGGAGGCCAGCUAAAGGACAACAUGAAUGAAACUGACAAAGGAUGGGUAAACUGGAAGGAUAUCCACAUUAAAUCAGAACAUUAUAGUGAACUGAUGAAGAAAGAAGACCUUGUGUACCUUACAUCGGACUCUCCUGAAGUCCUGAAUGAACUAGAUGAGUCCAAAGCCUAUGUCAUUGGAGGCCUUGUGGAUCACAAUCAUCACAAGGGCAUUACAUACAAAAGAGCACAAGAAGAAGGCAUAAGUCAUGCACAACUUCCACUAGGGAUCUUUGUGAAAAUGAACAGUCGGAAAGUUCUGGCAGUCAAUCAUGUGUUUGAAAUCAUCCUUGCAUUCUUGGAAAAGAGAGACUGGGAGGAAGCAUUUUUCACGGUUUUGCCACAACGGAAAGGAGCCAAACCACUUAAUGAGACAACCGAAGCCACCAUGUGCAAGCGGCAGAAGUCAGAAAUGGUACAAGGCUGGGGAACAUUCACAGAAGUGACACAAGAAGCUGUAGCCCGAAAGAGAAAUUGGAUUGCCCUCCCCAUCCAUGCACCUGCAGAAACCUAUCAUUUGUGCAUAGUGCUCUGGAUUACAAUAUAGAUUUCAUGGCAAGUACACUGGAAGAUAUUAUUUAUAUACCACUUAAUGCUAGCAACAAUAAUAUUAAAACUUUCUUAGGUUGAGAAAUUAAGGGAAAGUGUGUAAGCAGGUGUUUCUUUUAUGUAAGUAACAAGACCUUAAAAACUGGCUUAGUGGCUAAUAGGUCCCUUGGCACUGGUGUGACAUGUGUCUAGUAGAUGGCACAACUUGAAACCUAGGUUGUGGGUAUUAAAAAGUGCCUUUUAGCACUCAGCAACUGAAUUGCCAGAAUGUUGACAAUGGAGUCCACCAGCACUAUUCUGAGUUAUGGCGGCCAUCACUGCCUUUGAGUUCCAUAGUUUGGCUACAUGUUGCAUGCUCAUUUGAAAUCUGUUAGAAAGAGAGAGCGUAUUGCAUUUCCUUUCAUUCUGGCUUUUGGGUUAAUAUCACUGAUCCAAGUAAAUAGCUGGAUUCUCUCGGAACAGCCAACUAGAAGGGGCUCCCUUAAUGAAUUGUCUUGACCCCAGUCCUAACAAACUACAUGGAUAUGAACUCCACUAAAAUCCAGCAGAUUGGAGUGCUAUUGAAUGACUAUACUAUAGCCACUUAAAGCAUUACUGACCUGAAUGAAGCCCAGGGGAGCUGUACUAAGUUGUAAACACUGUUGACUUAUUUUUUCGAAUGUUGACCUGCAGUGCAUUAAUUUUAAAGAAUAUUCAAAAUUCUGAAGAUUAUGCAGAAAUAGAUCACUUCUAUCAUUUGUAUUCAGAAAGAAUGAAAAUGUUCACGAUAUCUUUUCAUAUCAAUUACCAAGACACAAUGACAUGCACUCUUAAAAACAAAAUGUUUAUUUAGCAUUUUGUUUACCAGUGUUCUAACAUUCAGUAUUUUGUGUGUAUGUGUAUAACUUUACAAAUACCUGUUUAGCAGGUAAAACUCUUAAAUGGUGUGGCUAUAAACUUUUUCUAACAACAAAAA